GAAUACAAUAUCAUCGGAUACAUUCCAUAUACAAUGUAUUUUUCAAUAUUACUGUCACUUCUAAUAACACAAAUAUACAUUGAAGUUGCAGCCACUUCCGAAAUUGCUAAUGGAAAAGAUGAACAGUGUCCCUAUGAAAACACCGUAAAUUUAACUAAUCACCAGAAAUACGAAAAUGGAUCAUAUCUCUAUGAAGGUAUUAUAAUACCAAUCGAAAAACAGAAACUUUACGAUUAUCACUUAGAAUUUAUGCACAAAAGGACAACAGUUCCUCUUCAUUUAAGAGGUUGUGUUUGUGAGAAACAGCCCUGUAUGAAAUUGUGUUGCGAAAAGGAUGAGUACUUUAGUGAUAAGGGUGAUCUGAGUAAAUGUGAAAAAUUAGCUUCGGAUAUGAAAAUUGAUUGGAAAUUGUUAAUAUAUGGCGAUAAUGGUACAACGAAUAUGUUUAAUAUAUUCGAUCAUUUUACUAUACAAGUGGGUUUACCAUGUCAGCGUCCGAAGGCACUUGAUAAGAAUAUGGAUUUGUGGAAUUUAAAAGAGAAUGGAAUUUUAAACAUUUCAUCGGACAACUCAUUACUGGACACAUUAAACUAUUGCUACUCACCGCAUUUAGACAACGAUACUGCAGAAUAUGUAUUAGUACCUUUCAGUUGUCCGAUUAUCAAUAAUGCCACCUGGCGUAUUUAUUUAAAUUCAUACGGCAUGGUUAUAUCGAUUAUAUUUUUGAUACCCACGAUAUUGGUGUAUUUACUGUUAAAAGAAUUGAGAGGAAAUUUAAGUGGUAAACUAUUGAUCUGUUAUUUAGUGUCAUUGACCGUAGGUUAUACCAUUAUAAGUUUUAUAAAUAUUUCACAUUUACGAUUUGGUAUUGCAUCCUGUAGAAUAUUGGGUUUCACUUGUUACUUUUUCUUUAUGGCGGCCUUUUUAUGGUUAAGUGUUUUAUGUUUCGAUAUCUGGAUGAAUUUCAAUGACACUAGUAUCGAGUUGAAUUAUGACAAUAAUUGUCAACAGUUUAUUUUGUAUUCCCUGUUUGUGUGGUCUGGGGCUGCUUUGGCUACUAUAUGUGCUAUUUGUAUAGAACUGUCGCCGAAUGUGGAUGAUAUUUAUAAACCCGGUAUUGGUGUGGAAAUGUGUUGGUUAAAUACUGAAAAAUGGUCUGCAUCUAUAUACUUUUAUGGUCCUAAUCUUGUUAUAUUAAUUUUCAAUAUUGUAACUUUUACCCACAUAACUGUAAAAAUCUAUCAAAUACGACGUGAUAUGGCCAGAAUGACACAUAAAGAGAAAUUCUUAAAUGAAAAUGCUAUUGUCAUUUUACGUUUAUUCUUAAUUAUGGGCAUUUCCUGGCUUUUCGAUAUCAUAUCAUAUUGCGUUCGUGAACAUGAAAAUUUGGAUAUUGCGUUUGUUCUAUCAGACUUUAUAAAUGCCAUUCAGGGUUGUUUGAUAUUUUCGUUGUUUGUCUUGAAACCGAAAAUUUUGAAGCUAAUCAAAAAAAGACCCAAAUCAAUAUGCCGCGAAGUAGUGUUUACAAUGAAUUUAUUUAUAUUUUUAAUCCUCCUAACAUGGCAAAUUUAUAUCGGACUACCAUGGACAUUUGCCCAGGAUGAAGAGAACAAUGAAGAAAUAUGUCCCUAUCAAAAUACCGUAAAUUUAACCAAUCUGGAGAAGUACGAAAAUGGUUCAUAUUUGUAUGAGGACAUUUUAAUACCACCCGAAAAACAGAAUUUCUAUGAUUAUCAUUUGAAAUUUUUGAGGAAAAGGGUAUCGGUACCGAGACAUCUAAGAGGUUGUGUUUGUGAAAAUAAACCCUGUAUAAAAUUGUGUUGCGAAAAGGAUGAGUAUCUCAACGACAAGGGAAAUACGAGUAAAUGUGAGAAAAUAACUUCGGAAAUGACUGUACAAUGGAUAUUGCCCUUACUUGGGGAAUACGAUAAAGUCGAAACGGCUAACAUAUUAGAACAUUUCACCUUACAAGUGGGUUUACCAUGUCGCGAACCGGAGGCAUUAGAUAAGACUCUUGAUGAAUGGAUUUUAAAGAAGAAUGGAUCUUUAUACAUCUCAUCCGAUGGGUCUGAACUCGACACUUUGGACUAUUGCUACUCACCCCAUUUAGAUGAGGAUUCUAAUGAAUAUAUUUUAACACCUUUCAGUUGUCCCAUUUUGAAUAUUGGCUCCUGGCAAUUGUACCUAAACACAUAUGCGAUGACUAUAUCAGUGGUAUUUUUAAUACCAACUAUAUUGGUGUAUUUAGUGUUAAAAGAAUUGAGGGGAAAUCUGCGCGGUAAACUUUUGAUUUCUUAUUUGAUCUCGUUGACCGUAGGUUAUACAAUUAUAACUUUUAUAAAUAUUUCAAGUUUAAAAUUCGAUAUUAUACCCUGUAGUAUAUUGGGUUUCACUUGUUACUUUUUCUUUAUGGCGGCAUUUUUAUGGUUGGGUGUUUUAUGUUUUGAUAUUUGGAGAAAUUUCGGAGAAACUAGUAUUGAAUUGAAUUCUGCUAAGAAUCAACUACAGUUUAUUUAUUAUUCACUGUUUGCUUGGUUGGGGGCUGGCCUGGCGACCUUCUGUGCUAUUUGUAUAGAACUGUCAACGACCGUGGAUGAAAUUUAUAAACCAGGAAUUGGAGUGGAAAUGUGUUGGUUAAAUACGGAAAAAUGGUCGGCUGCAAUAUAUUUUUAUGGACCUAAUCUUGUUAUAUUGAUUUUUAAUUUUGUAACAUUUUCUCACAUAACGACAAAAAUCUAUAAAGUUAGACGCGAUGUGGCUAGAAUGACUCAUAAAGAGAAAUUCUUUCAAGAAAAUGCUAUUGUCAUUCUACGUCUAUUCCUAAUAAUGGGCAUAUCCUGGCUUUUCGAUAUUAUUUCGUAUUGUGUGCGCGAAUAUGAAAACUGGGAAAUUGUGUUUGUAUUUUCGGAUUUCGCCAAUGCUAUUCAAGGAAUUUUAAUAUUUUCUUUGUUCGUCUUGAAACCGAAAAUUUUGAAACUAUUAAAAAAAAGAUUUUUUGAGAAUCAAGAUCAGCGUAGAAGUGGGUGUACAUAUUCAUCAAAUUUUUCGAAAUUACCAACUUCAUCUUAGGACUGGCGUAAACUAUUAUUCAAAAUACAUAAAUAAAUCAAUAAAUGAUGCCAAAGUACAUUUUUGAAUGAAUUACGAAAGUAUACGAAUACGUAAAUUUAAAAUAUUAUAUUUUUAUUGAUUUACAAAUUAUUUCUGGAAAUAACAUUAUAAUUUUUGUAAUAAAUUAAUCCUUUAAUAUGUACCUGUUUCAUUCGA